ACUUGUGACCUGCAACGAUCGUAUAUCACGUCGUUUCAAGUACUCUGUUCCCAGACACGUAAGGUUCGUAAUCUUGGGAACCACCUUGUGGUCUUGGGCAUUCAGGCGGAAGAUGCGGUUAUUAGACGUGAACGCUUUUCUCGACUGGGAAAGGGGCAUCCAGCAAGCUGGACUCAAAUCCAAGGUCUUGGAACAACUUAAUGACAAGACUACGAAAUAUGUGAUACUUUCACAUCGCUGGGGAACGGAGGUUGAUUACGAUGAGAUGACUAGACUCAUGAAGAUGAACGAGCAAGACAAGGACGAGAUCAGGCAGCGUGACGGGUACCAGAAGAUUAUCAAGAGCUGCGAACAGGCCAUGAAGGAUGGUUACAUGUGGUUAUGGAUUGAUACGUGUUGCAUUGACAAGCGAAGCAGCACGGAACUCUCAGAGGCGAUCAAUUCAAUGUAUCGAUGGUACCGCAACUCGCAAAUGUGCUACGUGUACCUCAAUGACGUCGAUGACUCGGUCUUUCCUACUAAACAAGACUCGAGCAAGUUCGGCCUGUACAACGGUUGGCCCGAGUGGUUCUCACGAGGCUGGACACUCCAGGAGCUCAUUGCUCCUGGGGAAGUCGAAUUUUUCAACAGGAACUGGGUAUCCAUUGGCACCAAACAGGAGUUGGCAUCCACCUUAGAGGACAUUACACGUAUUCCGCAGAAGGUCUUGAGGGACGAACGGGUAUUGAGGAGUACCUACUCUCCGGAGCGUCCUCUUGUCGCUCACAUCCUGUCUUGGGCUGCCGACCGGAAGACGACGCGAGAGGAAGAUAGAGCGUAUUCACUGAUGGGUUUAUUUGGUGUAAACAUGCCCAUGCUGUAUGGAGAGCGCUCGAAAGCAUUUCAGCGUCUACAGCUGGAAAUCAUCCGCGUAUCCAGUGAUCACAGCAUAUUUGCAUGGAAUCCAAAGGGUCGAUUUGACCCGCUUGGCGGUGUUCUAGCAGACGAUCCGAGCUGCUUCCGGGGUUGUCACAACAUCAAGAAUGUGGAACCCAAAGUGUUCUUCAAAGAACUAGAGGCAUACGUGCGCCACGAUACAUUCGACGUGGCUGUAGACUGGCGCAUACUUGAUCUGUUACGUUGGGGUGCAGAGUCCCCCCAACUUUUCAGAUUUGAUGUCACCAAUCUGGGCAUCCAAGUACUCUGGCCUGUUACAGUUGAUCCCGACGACCCUCGUUAUAUCGAAGCCAUAUUGCCAUGUCGUGACCGUUAUGGAAACUUGAUCACCAUCAACAUGGAAUCCCAUGGACUUGGCUACUGGAGGUCUCGGCAUCCCGCUACACGGUUUCCGCACGCAUACCCAAUGUUUACCCCAGUUUAUCUUGAUUGUUCUCAAGACGAUGAUGAGAACUUCCACGAUCUUAGGCUCCAUGACAAGCGUGCCUCAUGGAACGGCUUCACCCGCCGUAGCGCCUUUCCGCUUGAAGUAGCAGGCGAUACUAUCACAUUCUCAUCAGGAAACACUCUCGUUGUCUUAGUCUACGCCAACAAUGAUGCCAGAUCUCGCUUUGCAGUCGGACUUGGAUACUACCUCGGUAAUAUAUGGGCACGCGUUGUCUGUGAUGAAUGCCCUGCGGAGCAAGAGGUCUGGUCAUUGUGGGCAGACUUUGCUGAGAAAGUAUAUGACAUGCUGUGGAAUACACCCAUCGACAAGUCCGACUUUCCCAGCAAUUUCGUCACCAUUAAGGAUGCUCACGUUCCCCGGUCCAAUUGGGAUGCCAGGAUUGUCUAUGGUGGCGACUACAUGGACUACACCAGUAUGAUGAUUGACAUCGAGCUAUGCCCCGGCAGCUGUACUGGACCACGUCAAUGCACCUCUAUAGCCGACGCACUAUGGCUGCCGUGGGCAUCAAGUAGAUUUGGUCUGCAUGAGCUGGAAUUAGGUGGCCAAUCUGUGCGGCUUGACAAGUGUUCUGGUCAAGAGAUUGUGCUGGGUGAUUAUGGCGACUCCUCUACUUGUCACGAUUUCAGACGUUGCGGCAACAUAUUCGAAGAUAUGCAGCAACAUGGUAUCGAUCCCAUGACUUCAAUUUAUCGUCCAGUCGUCUCUCGCGUAUCCAGCUGUAAACUUGUGCCACGUCGAGUGCAGACUCAGCAUGAUGCUGUAACGUUAUCCAAUAGGAACUACAAUCUGGCGCUGUAUCAACCAAAGGGCGUCUCGCUUCCGAAAAACGAAGAAUUCGAGCUGCUGCUGAAAGCCUGGUCUACCCGUCUUUCAGGCAAAUGUCUUGUCACAACAGUUAUUCAAUGCUCAGAAUUCUGCCACCUUGAUCAUGAGGGAAGACGGAUAGAGGUAGGAGAUGUAUCGAAGGGUGAUAAUCGGCUCGCAGACCCAGAUAUCUUCACCACUCUGUGCGUCAUUGGAAGACCACUAGCUUGGCAUAGAGAACCAGCUUGUACACGGAGAAGGGAGCAGCUCAGUAUCAUCAGGGAGCACUUUUACGCUUUAACGAAUCUGGUAUCUACUCCUGUCAGUCAGACGGGGAGCUUUCGGUUUAUCUAACUAAUCCUAUUAUCUGCAGCAUGACUCUGCAGGAACUGAGUCCGCGCAUAGACAGAUGGUGAACGGGGUGGUCGACCUCUCGGCCAUGUUCGGUCUAGAGUACCUGAAAAAUUAUGUAUGGGUUGAUUGCUUUAUCCUCAGCCUGCUGACAUU